UCAUCUCCUGCAAUUCCUUUCAUGCUUUCAAUGUCUUCCACACUGUCAUCUGAAACGCCUUCCCAACUCAUUGAUAAAAUUCUGAACACAAAUGCAGAUAAGCCAGACUUUGAUCUUGGCCGAUUAGUCACGCAAAUUGAUGUUUUUCUUCUUCAUUACGAGGAUCAGCUGCGAAAAAAGAAUCUGCCCCCAGAUAAGUGGGGUGUGCUCCUCUGUGCAGCAGUGGCUUGUAAUUUGGCAGAUGAGGUGUCGACAAAUGUAAAACAAAUUGCCGAUGAGAUGAAAAAAUAUUCUAGAAAUAAACACCAAACAAGCAUUAGGGUGUUGUAUGCUAUUGGCAAUGUUCAUUGGGUUGCAGUGGGUUUCUUAAUGGUGGCUGCAGCUUUAAAAAUUGGUGUUCAGAGCUUUCUUGGAUGCACAACAGCUUCAAGAACAUAGCAAGAAAAUAGAUGAUAUGCGUAGAAUGCUUCACUUACAGAUAAGCGCAUCCACUUUGAUAAGGGUACAAAGCAUUAAUGUUGAACUGACCUCUACAGAUAGUCCUCAACAUCUUCCCACCCUCGACAGCAACCAGGUGGUUAUUCCACCCCCCAUUCCUACCCCCAAUCAUGAUGAAGGUAAAACAUCAGUAGUUACAAUGACAUUAAAUAUGUUCAUUCUUCUCUGGGUGGCACUAGAAGCAAGUUUCAUGUUUCAUGGAAGGAAGAUCCAUAAGAAGUUCCCAUUAAGAGAGAAGAUUACGGGGCAAAAAAUCAUUCUAGCCCCUAAAUAGAAAAUUUGGAAGUGUAGAAGAUUUUUGUCUUAAUAUUGAAAUAAAUAUCUAUAUAUUUAUUUAUUUGUUUUA